AUUCAUUCAAUAUCUUCUUUUUCUCUCUCACACACAAACACACAUACAAAACCAGAGACCAGUCUUGCCCAUUAAGCCAAACCCAAAUUGCAGUCCUUUUGCAUUGUAAAGCUUGAAUCUUUCUCUCUGUAUUUUAAACACACAGCUAUGGUCGCAAUCGCAAUCGCAAACGCCAUCACACUCAUCACUCUAUUCUCACUAUUAACAACCCAAUCGGCAUUAACCCAUCAAACCCAAGUCCAAUCUCUACUGAUUUCAUCUCCUCCGGCGACAAUUCCAGCUUUUCCAGAACAAUCCGACGCAUCCGGCUGCCGUCUUGAUCUUCCCGGCGAGUUAUUCCGUGGAGUGAAAUCAGCUUGUAGUGUUGGAAAAGGAAAAACAGAAUCCGACCGGUCGAGUUUAUCUCGACGGGUACGAUGUUGUCCGGUUCUUGCUGCUUGGGUUUACGCUGCUUAUUCAGAAACUGCAUUGGGUAGGGCGGGAAGAGCUCCUCAGACGGCGGCGUUUGAUCUUCCUAUGUUGCCGGAUGAUUCUGAGACUUGUUUGGAUGGACUUCAGAAUGCUUUGAAUAAUAGAGGUAUUGAUUUGGUUAAACCAAAUGAGACUUGCGAUUUGGUUUAUUGUUUUUGUGGAAUUAGAUUGCAUCCUUUUAGCUGCCCGGAAGUAUUUAGGGUUUCGGAGAAUGGGAAAUUGGUUGGAGAUGAAAGAGUUGUGAAAUUGGAGAAGGAUUGUUUGGGGAAUUUGGGUCUUGCUGGAUGUUCAAAAUGCUUGCAGACUCUUCAUCUGUUUAACGAGAAGAAGAGCAAGAACAUGAGUAGUAUCGAGGAUCGAUCAAGCAAAAUGCACACAAAGGAUUGUAAACUAAUGGGUCUAACUUGGCUUCUAGCCAAGGACAGACCCGCAUACAUCCAUACAGUUUCAGCAGUCCUCAGAGCCAUGAUGAUGAGCACCAAUGGCUCGGAUCCUCGCACAUGUAGUGUAAGCAGUUACGGAAUGCCUCUGGCCGUUGAUUCAUCAGAAAUCAGCGGUCAGCCUUCCGUAACAGCUUAUUCUUCACUUGCACUAAUCUAUGCCUUAUCAAUAUCUUUCCUAUAUAUACUACUUGUUAAUAAUAGGUAUAUGAUCUCAUGAGAGAUCUCUACCACAUUCUCUUGUUAAAACAUUGUAGUUUAUUAAGUAUUUUUUUUGGUUUUUCAAAUUUAUUAUUUUCAGUGCCACUGACAUAUCCACCCCCUUUGUAUGAUCUAAUUUUUAUGUAUAAUUGAUUGUUUUA